UUCGUUGCUGUUUUCGUAUACAUUGGUGGUCGACGCGAAGCAAAAGGAGUAAAAUGGUAUCAGUGUUUCACCACCGGCGACACACAUUUCACUGCACCAAAUCUGAGUGAUUUCGAUUCGUCAUCGUUGUUCACACUUCACGAUCGCCUGAUCGAUACUCGUCCGAGUGUGGCACGAGCUCUCGGCGACCGGUUGAUCGCACGUAACUCGCGAUACCCAAUUGUGAUUGUCUGCACGAUUGUGUUGAUCUUCGCUAUCUGGGGCUGCAUCAACAUGAAGAUUGACCUACGUGAGGAACAUUUCUUACCGUCAGCCGCACCUGCACGUUGUUUCUUAGAGGAAUAUAGAGAGAUGUUUGGCAAAACUACACAGUUUGUAGAGAUUGUUAUUGAGGACACUGUGGAGUACGACGAUGAACAGAUUCGAGAUUCAAUUUUGGAAAUAAUGGACAGUGCAGUGAGUGCCGGUUAUGCAUCGCGAGCAAUCAGUUGGCUAGCAGAAUUCAGCAAAUUCGAAAAGAAUACGAUUUAUGACAUCAAUGCAGUAAGUGCUGCGAACAAUUUCAUUCUCUUUGUUGAUUCUGAAUUCGAAUUGAACUCAAUCAAACUCAUGACUUCUUAUGAGCUGCAUUUCUCACAGUAUCGUGUUAUGUUUGUCCUCCCUACCGCACACUGUAGUUUUAUUGUGACGAAAAUGGUGUAG